CCAUUUUAUGACUUCAAUGAUACCAAACAAGUUAAAGCUCAGAGUAAAAACAGAUUAAUUUCUCAAAUGAAAUUGGAAAUGGGAACCAAUAAAUCAAUGUCUCAAUUCUGUGGUAAUUGUGAUCGAUAUGUUGUCCAAUCUUUUUACAAACAUAGAAUCGGAUCAGAAAAUGAAAACAAAGAUGACUUAACUGAAAUUGAAGACAACCCGCAAUACAAGAUAAUUGUUGAGAGAACAGGAUUGUGGUCACCAUUUAAGGGUAUGCUUCAGGAGGGAAAGGUAUUGGGAUAUUCAGAUGGAAAUCUCAAGAAUCUAGAGAUUAUAAUCGGAAUCGUUCAUCAACCGCCAUUAGUAAAGAUUCGGGAUAUAAACGAUCCAAAGUCUGUCGAGGGAACAACAUAUGAAAUGAUCAAAAUAUUGGGAAAACGGAUGAAUUUUACCAUUAAAUUAGAUAUGGAAAAGUCUAUCACUUUGGGUCGAAAGAAAAAUGGCGUAUGGACCGGGAUGAUUGAUAAAGUAAACCGUAGUAAAGUGCGAAUUGGUGCAAAUGGUUACUGGAGGACAGUCGACCGCAUGGAUGCCGUAGAUUUUACAUUUCCUUUUGAUUACGAAGAGAUGUCAAUGAUGUUACAAAAGACAAGUGAAGAUCACAAAUACUUAUUCCUCACACCAUUUACUUGGGAUGCAUGGCUCAGUAUAUUAUUUACUGUUGUACUAAUGGGUCCGUUAUUAUGGAUAGUUCAUAGAUCGAGCAAAUACUAUGAUUAUUAUAAUAUGAGAGAUAAUAAGGGUCUGUUUAAAUUAUCUAACUGUGCUUGGUAUUGUUUUGGAGCAAUGGUUCAACAGGGAGGCGAUCACUUACCAUUGGCUAUAUCUGGAAGAAUAUUAGUGACAUUUUGGUGGCUCUUUGUCAUAGUGACGGUCACCACUUAUAGUGGAAAUUUAGUCGCUUUGUUAACGUUUCCUAAAAUAAUACAUCCGAUUGAAAAUCUUGAAGACUUGUUAUCAUAUAGUGGAUCAAUGAAAUGGGGUACCGAUACGGGAGGUGCUAUGGAAGAGUUGAUUGAAACGGCUAAAACAGGACCUCUCAAACAGUUAGCCAGUAAUAUACAAUUUUUUGAUAACCGAACCAUAGAAAUGUAUGAAAGAAUAAAGAACGGGGAACUGGUAUUCCUCGCCAGUGAUUCUGAGGUUCGCUAUCUUAUUACUAAAGAAUUUAAUCGAACAGAAAAAUGUGAAUUAAUGAUCGGAAAGGAUGCCGUCUUCUCCAGUUCCGUCUCAUUCAUCAUCAAAAAAGGAGAACCAAAAGGAUUUAAAGAAAGACUUGAUUUCGAAGUUGGACGAAUGGCUAAAACAGGACUAGUCUUACAGUGGAAUAACAAGUUUGAAGAGAAAGGCAAUGAUUGUUUGUAUCCAUUAGUUGUAAGGGCUGGAGACGUGAAGAAGAUAGGAAUGGCUCACAUGAUUGGCUGCUUUUUCAUACUUGGAAUCGGUCUGUUGUUUGGUUUGUUCUCAUUGUUUGGUGAAGUGUUUAAGAGCAACAAAAAAAUCAAAUUGACUGCCGGUGUCAUUCAAUUUAAUGGAAAACAAAAAUUAGGAAAAUGGGAUAAAUUGAAAUUGUUUUAUCAAAAGGUCAAUCAGGGAUCGUUGUACAGCUCAUGGAUUAAUACUACCAACACUUUGGUGACUAACAAUAACAGAAAUACCGCUAAAUUGCAAUUCAAUUAUCCGAACAUUAAGGCAGAAGACGGUAGAGCAUUACCGGCCGGUUGGGGCGAUCCUAACAGAGCCCGUAAUGUCAACCAACCCUUAAAUGGCAAGAGAGCGCCGUCGGUAACUGUUUCUUCUAGAGAUAUCACUGCGGUGGUUGCAGUGGAUAAGGAUAAUAUAGUAGCCCUUAAUGCUAUCCGACAAGCGUUUGGAUCCUAUAAAUCAACAAAUGAUAAUCAAAUACAUGUUUCAGAGGCUAUUGUUGGGGAUGAAGACUCAUCUCAAGAAAUAU